AAGUUGCAGGAGGGAAAGGGGAAAAUGGCGACUGCUUCUCUCUCCCUACGACAGCCACGGCUCAGCCCCGGCUCUAACCUCCCUCUCGCGCCGGUUCUUCCUCCGUACAAGCUUCAUCCCACCGUCUUGGGAAAGUCCGAGCCGUGGCGAUCGGUGGCGAUUCUUCCUUCUCGGCGGCGAUGUGCGGCGGUUAGAACCAGUUCCCGCGCCGACGACUCUGCGCCACUCGAUAUGUCCCUGGAGACCGCUCUCAAGGUCCUCGGUGUCUCCGAAGGCGCCUCCUUCGAGGAUAUUCUUCGCGCCAAGAAUUCGAUCAUUGCUUCCUGUAAUGGCGACCCAAACGCCGUCGCUCAGGCUGAGGCUGCGUAUGAUAUGCUGUUGAUGCAGAGUUUAAACCAACGACGAGCGGGCAAAGUCGUGAAUAAGAGCAUUCGUUAUGCCGAUGUUAAACCCAGCAAUGUUUUGGGAACAGGGCCAGUGUCUCAAUGGAUGCAGGCAACAGCGAAGAAUCCGCCUGUCUCGAUCGAAACGCCAUCAACGAGCGAUCUGGGUUUGCAAGCUGGAGUCUAUGGAGCUUUGAUGAUUUUAACAUACGUGAAUGGGAGUUCAACAGAGUCUUCCACUAUACCUUAUGCUGGUGCUGAUGUACCUGGACUCAUCUUGGCUAGUAGCUUUGGAGCUUCCCUGUACUUCAUGACGAGAAGGAACGUCAAGCUAGGCAAAGCGGCUGCAAUAACCGUGGGAGGCCUAGUGGCAGGGGCGAUAGUGGGAUCGGCCAUUGAGAGCUGGUUGCAGGUUGAUGUGGUCCCGUUUCUCGGCCUGCACUCCCCGCCUGCCGUUGUGGGUGAAUUCAUAAUCAUCUCUCAGUUCUUGGUGUCUUUAUGCCUACGGUAAAACCGGAACAGUGGACGUCUGCCAGUGUGUAUCACAUGUAUAGAUUAGUCGUUGGCUUGGCAGGUCAUUUGCCCAUUUAUGCAUUUUGUACAGAACAAGAGAAACAAGAACAUUUGGAUUCAAGCUUGCUGGAAUCAGUGUUGUAUUUUCGCCGA